UCUACAGUUUUAGAUCACGUCUGACCUGAAGCUCAUUCGACUGAAGAACACUGAAUAAUUUGAUCAGUAUUAGGACAGUAAUAUUUGGGAUGCACAUUAGUGAAAUGCUCUGCUGUGAAUGUGAAACUCUCUGAUUUAAAAACAGAAUACUGAGUGUUAAAACGGUAUUAGUAAACUGAAAGUGAAACUUUGAAGAAGGAUUUGGACGUGUGGCUCAGAAAAUGUCAUCUAAAUCUUUUUCUGAGGAGGAUUUCUCUUGUCCUGUGUGCUGUGAUGUUUUUAAAAAUCCUGUUGUCCUGUCCUGUAGUCACAGUGUGUGUGAAGAGUGUAUUCAGAAGUUUUGGGAAAGUAAAGGAUCGAAAGAAUGUCCAGUUUGCAGAAGUAGAUCAACAUUAGAUCAUCCUCCAUUAAAUCGGGUUUUGAAGAACCUGUGUGAGACUUUCUUACAGGAGAGAAGUCAAAGAUCUUCAUCAGGAUGUGAAGCAGUCUGCAGUCUUCAUGAAGAGAAACUCAAACUCUUCUGUCUCGAUGAUCAACAGCCGGUGUGUUUGGUGUGUCGAGAUUCCAGAACACACACAAAUCACAAAUUCUGUCCUUUAGAUGAAGCUGUCAUCGAUAAUAAGGAGAAACUCAAAACUGUACUAAAACCCUUACAGGAGAAACUGAGAAUAUUUGAGGAGUUUAAACAGAAUUUGGAUCAAACUGCAGAACAUAUUAAGUUUCAGGCUCGACACACAGAGAGGAAGAUUAAUGAGGAGUUUGAGAAACUUCACCAGUUUCUACAUGAUGAAGAGGCCGCCAGAAUAACAGAACUGAGAGAGGAAGAGGAGCAGAAGAGUCAGAUGAUGAAGGAGAAGAUUGAGAAGAUGAACAGACAGAUUUCAUCUCUUUCACACACAAUCAGAGUCAUAGAGGAGCAGAUGACAGCUGAAUAUCUUUCAUUCCUACAGAACUUGAAGAGCACAAUGGAAAGAACCCAGUGUACACCAGCAGAUCCAGAGAACAUUUCAGGAGUUCUGAUCAAUGUCCCAAAACAUCUGAGCAACCUGAAGUUCACUGUGAUACAGAAGAUGCAGGAAAAUGUUCAAUACACUCCAGUGACUUUGGACCCAAACACUGCUCACUGUAAUCUCAUCGUGUCUGAUGAUCUGAUCAGUGUGAGAUUCAGUGAAGAGAAACAGCUGCUUCCUGAUAAUACUGAGAGAUUUGAUGUGUACAAGUGUGUUUUGGGUUCAGAGGGUUUUAAUUCAGGGAUUCACUGUUGGGAUGUUCAGGUUGGAGACUGUACACGCUGGUUUUUGGGUGUGAUGACAGAAUCUGCUCAGAGGAAGAAGAACAUAUUGUCCAGGAGUGGACUCUGGUGUGUUUGGUUUUAUGAUGGUAAAUAUGAUGCAUUCAUUUCACCUGAUCAAACAUCUCGUGUCUCAGUGAAAGAGAAACUCCAGAGAAUCAGAGUUCAGCUGGACUGUGACAGAGGAAAACUGUCAUUCUCUGAUCCUCUCACUAACACACACAUACACACUUUCACACACACGUUUACUGAGAGAAUAUUUCCAUUGUUCGGUGUUGAUUGUGACAUUUCUCCUCUGAUGAUCUUACCAGUGAACUCCUCUGAAAAAAAGACUUAAGAAUGAAAUUACAGAUUAAACUUGUAUCUACAAAAGUUGAGUUUCUGUAGAAGACAGACUAAUCAAAUGUGUCUUUGUAGCAUCAGCUGUUAAUUCAUUUAUUCCUGCAUGUUUUAAUGCUUUUUAAUGAUGCUGGCUAAGAUGUGAAUUCAUAUGUGAGAUCAGUGAUUUACUGAACAUCUUAAUAAUGUGAUCUCGGGUUGUUAUUGAUCAUUAUAUGAUAGAACAGUUGAGCUGGACUGUGACAGAUAACACACACACACACACACACACACACAUGCACGCACGUUUAUUAAGAGAAUACUUCUAUUGUUCAAUGUUGUUCGUGACAUUUCUUCUCUAUUGAUCUUACCAGAGAACUCCUAAAAAAGAAAAAAGAAAGUCUUAAAUGAGUCUCUAAAGCACAAAGUCAGAAUAAGUUUGUUUUGUCUAUUAAUUCCUUCACUUGUCUUUUCUGCUGUUAAAAUACAAAUAAUGAAAUCACACUUUUAUUCAUGGUUGAAAAAUAAAUAAUUGUGGUUGAAGAAAUGAGAAUAUCUCAUGUGAGUAACGUCAUCAAUGUAACUUCAGGAGAACAUGAACA